AUGAUAAUACUACUGUGCGGGAAUACAAAGAUAAAAGAAAGAUUAUGUAUUAAAAUGUAUCGAAACAAAGCGUUAAAUGUACAGUAAUUAUAUACAGAGAUAAGCUGAUAAGGUCAUACAAUGAUAACCUGUAGGCAAAACAAAAUUUACACCGAAAGUUGAAAAAUAGUAGUCGUGGUAACAUCGUCAUACUUACAACAUAAAUAGGAUAGGUAUUCUUAUCAAUUGUCACGCGUAUUUUCUUGUGACAAGCUCGAUGAUAAAGUCCAUAACAAAUAAUAUUUAUUAGCAACCUAAUAUUUAAUUGUAAAAGUCACGUAAAGAUGGGGCAACGUAAAAGAGUAUUCGACUUGUUGAGAACUAUAAACGUAGCUUCAUGUCAAUGUCCAGCACACGGGUACAGAGGAAACAUACAAGUGUCUAAUGCUACUCCCUUGAAAGACUAUGCAUUUGAGAUAAAAUGUUCUACAGUGAGAUAUGGACUGGGAGUGACAAGGGAGGUCGGUCAAGACCUAGUAAACAUGAGUGCCAACAAUGUGUGUGUGAUGACAGACCCUAAUGUUGUGAAGCUGAGUCCUGUGAAGACUACCCUCGAUUCCCUUACAAAAAAUGGGGUCAAUUAUAAAGUGUAUGAUAAAGUCCGUGUUGAACCUACUGAUACCAGUUUCAAAGAAGCAAUAGCAUUUGCAAAGGAGAACAAUUUUGAUAGUUUCGUGGCUGUUGGCGGUGGGUCUGUGAUGGAUACUUGUAAAGCUGCCAACUUGUACUUAUCAGAGCCUAAGGCUGACUUCUUAGACUAUGUAAAUGCACCCGUGGGCAAGGGAAAACCUGUUGAAGUUAAUUUGAAACCUAUGAUUGCCAUACCUACAACAAGUGGUACGGGGAGUGAAACAACGGGUGUCAGUAUCUUCGACUACGAAUCGAUUCACGCCAAGACCGGGAUCUCGCACGGCGCUCUACGACCUGUGCUGGCUAUGAUAGACCCUCUGCAUACUCUUACGAUGCCAGAGAAGGUCUCAAACUACUCUGGUUUCGACAUCUUCUGCCAUGCCUUGGAGAGCUUUACGGCUAUACCUUAUACUGAUAGAGGGCCUGCUCCAAGCAACCCUGCGUUAAGGCCGACGUAUCAAGGGAGUAAUCCUAUCUCCGAUGUUUGGGCUCGCUUCUGUCUGCAGACUUUACAGAAGUACUUUGCCCGUUCUGUAUACCAGCCUGAUGAUUUGGAAGCUCGCUCCUGCAUGCACCUUGCGGCGACGAUGGCUGGUGUCGGUAUCGGCAAUGCUGGGGUACAUUUAUGCCAUGGUCUCGCUUACCCCAUCGCUGGCAAUGUCAAAUCCUUCAUCCCUAAGGAUUAUGGCUCAGAGCCUAUAAUACCUCACGGACUCUCAGUGGUGAUGACAGCACCAGCAGUAUUCCGCUUCACCGCACCUAGUGACCCUGACAAACAUCUCGAAGCUGCUGGUAUUCUUGGAGCUGAUGUAUCCAACGUGAAGCAAGCAGACGCUGGCGCAGUACUAGCUGAUACUAUCCUAAAGUAUAUGGAGACGAUGAAGAUAGAAAAUGGAUUGCAGUCACUCGGCUAUAGUGGGGGCGAUAUACCUGAGUUGGUUAAAGGAGCUUUGCCUCAGAAACGAUUGCUAAGUUUGACUCCAUUAUCACAAUCAGAAGAUGAUUUAUCGAAACUUUUAGAAGAUUCACUUACUAUAUAUUAAUCGAUAUAUUUAAAUCGAUAAGAUGAUUUUCCGCACAGGCUCUUGAUACAGGUAAACCUUUCUAAAUGUUCGCUAAUUUUGCCUACAAGUAAGAAAACUAGAAUGUAAGGAUACAUAAAGUUGUUAUACCUAACCAUUAUACAAAGUUGACUAUUUUAGAGUUUGUGUUUUGGAAACGGCAAAUCUUUUGACUGUAGAUUUUAUGAAAAUGUUAAGAAGUUUUUAAUAAAUGGUUUUGUUUAUCGUUAA